GCGACUGCAGGUACCUUGUUAUAUUAACGCAAUUCAACGAACAGCAUUGGACUGGCAUCGCCAUUUGAUAGCCACAAGGACCACGUUUACGUGAAUUUUGCUUACCGGUACAAACCGCCCGGCUUUUCGUAGCAAGAUUUAUCGUUUCUUCAUCGAAGAACCGAUUUCUGUGACAGAAAAUACGUAAUCAUGGGCGUGGAGAUAGAAGUUAUUUUUAAUGGGGAUGGCGAGACAUAUCCAAAACUGGGACAGACUGUAAUUGUCGACUAUACAGGUUUCCUUGACAAUGGAAAAAAGUUUGACUCAAGCAGGGACCGUGGCAUACCAUUUAAAUUCAAAAUAGGUAAAGGAGAAGUUAUUAAAGGAUGGGAGCAAGGAAUUGCUCAAAUGUCUGUCGGCGAGCGUUCUAAGUUAACUUGCUCGCCAGACUAUGCCUAUGGUAGCCGAGGACAUCCUGGCGUUAUUCCACCAAAUGCUGUCCUUAUCUUUGAUGUGGAAUUGUUGAAGGUGGAACCAUGAAGAGUUUUCCAGGGUGAACCAAAUUAACUAUGUACACACAUCAGAACCACUGAUAAUUAAAAGCUUCAAAUUGCAUUACCUUAAGUAGUCAUUGUACGAGUGGUAUGUUUUGCAUACUAACCUUAAUUCGAUUGCUCGUAAGGAUGAAAAAAUUUAAGACUUUAAUUUCUGUGUUCUACUAUUGCACCAUUAAAUAUGCUAUAAAUUGCAAUUGUACACAAAUGUUCAAUGACCAAUUGAUGAGGAGUAUAAAAAUAUCUCUUGCAUUCUUUUAUGUCUGGAUAAGAUUAACCGUUUACAUUAUUCCAUUUCAUGUUGAUAUGUAGCAUUUCUAUUAUGAGUAAUUGAAUUAAAUAAAUUUUAAACCAUUUGAUAUACAUAUAAUCUGACAUCUAUGUUCAUUCCAAUUCCUUAGUACUUGGUAAUCACCUGGUUAUUUUGUACAAAAUCUUGCAAUAAUGCAGAGAAGAACAAUUGUACUGAUAUUAUAAUAGUAUGGACCUUUACAUGCAAAAAUUCAAUAAAAAAAAUGUUCUUGUUUUGAAGUGUGAA